ACCUGUAGCCUCCAAGCGAGCGAGCAGCUCAGACACCAUCAGAAAUGGAGGACGGAGGGUUGGUCAGCGAGGCCGGCGCCUGGGCCGAGCUCGGCACCGGCGGCGACGAGUCGGAGGAGCUGGUGGCGCAGCUGCUGGGCGCCUUCUUCCGGUCCCACGGCGAGGAAGGCCGGCACCAGCUGCUUUGGUCUGACGACCAAGCUUCUUCCGACGACGUGCACGGCGACGGCAGCCUUGCCGUGCCGCUCGCAUACGACGGCUGCUGCGGCUAUCUGAGCUACUCAGGUAGCAACUCGGACGAGCUCCCCCUCGGGAGCAGCUCCCGCGCUGCGCCAGCAGGUGGCCCACCGGAGGAGCUGCUCGGUGCAGCUGAGACUGAGUACCUGAAUAAUGUGGCCGCCGCAGACCAUCCCUUCUUCAAAUGGUGUGGGAAUGGUGAGGGUCUGGAUGGUCCGACGAGCGUCGUGGGCACGCUUGGGCUUGGCUCGGUAAGCGCCGCGCCGAACAAGAGCAAGAGGAAGCAGAUGGUAGAGGAACACGAUGGCCAAACCCAAACCCAAACCCAAACCCAAACGACGAGAGGCCGGAAACGCGCGCGCAAGAAGAGCGGGGACGAAGACGAAGACCCGAGCACGGCCAUCGCCAGCGGAAGCGGCCCCACGAGCUGCUGCACUACCUCCGACAGCGACUCAAACGCGUCUCCUCUGGAGUCCGCGGACGCCGGCGCUCGUCGCCCCAAGGGCAACGAGAAUGCCCGGGCAGCUGGCCGCGGCGCGGCGGCGGCGACGACGACGACAGCGGAGCCCCAGAGCAUCUACGCAAGGAAGCGGAGGGAGCGGAUCAACGAGAGGCUCAAGGUGCUGCAGAGCCUGGUGCCCAACGGCACCAAGGUGGACAUGAGCACCAUGCUCGAGGAGGCCGUCCACUACGUCAAGUUCCUGCAGCUUCAGAUCAGGGUGAGGGAUCCGAUUCCGUUUCCAUCUCGUGCCGCCGCCGCCGCCGUCGUCCCGCUAACGACAGCUCCUCCUCCUGUGGUUCUGUUCUGCAGCUCCUGAGCUCCGACGACACGUGGAUGUACGCGCCCAUCGCGUACAACGGGAUGGGCAUCGGGAUCGACCUCCGCAUGCAUGGACAGGACAGAUGAUGGUUCUGCAGCCGACGCGUCUCCCAUUCAAUAUUCAAUGUGACGAUGUGCUUGCUUGCUUGUUGCAACUUGCAAUCGGUCUGCAAGUUUUCUUUUCCUUUUUUUUAUUUAUUUUAGAUACACAAGGUCGUAGCAUGCAUGAUGCAUGCCCAGUUGCCUGCUGGAGCACUUGAAUCAAGGAAAUGUUUUCUUCUCCCUUAGUCGCAAAAUUGGACGGGGAGACUUGUA